CCCUCCGUUGCCGCCAUGCCCGUGCUGGAGCGCCUGUGGAGUCCCGAGCUCUGCCGGGACAAGCCGCCCGGCUCCCCGGUCUGGGGGCGCGCGAAGACCUCGCCGGUCACCUGCGGCGGCGUGGCGCUGGCACUGGAGCUGCAGGCGCUCAUGCGUCAGCUGCGGGGCGCCUGGCGGGGCCGCGGGGGGAGAUCCCGGAGGUCCGAGAGGCGGCAGGCGGGCGCUUGGGUCGACGGCGAGGACGAUGACGGGGAGGAAAAGGAAGAUGAGGAGGAGGAAGAGCAAGUGAAGCGUGAAGACAGUAGCGCACACCUGGAAGGAGGGGGCCCGCCAAAUGGUCGUCUCGGUACUGUGCUGCUGGCUGAGAGACGAGGCUCCUACCCUUUGAUUGACAAGCACAUUGUUAAGCCCUGUGACCAGCUGCGGGAGCCGGACUCCGUCAGGAGGAAGAAAGUGAAGACUUUGCUGGGUUUCCAGAGGUACUGCCACGCUUCACGGCUCCUGCGGGGCUUGCUGCCCUGGACCCCCGACUCCCUGCAUCUGUUGGACUACGACUACCUGGGCCAGGCUGCGCACAUGCUAUCAAAAGUGGGCUCCUGGAACUUUGACAUUUUCCUGUUUGAUCGCCUUACAAACGGUAACAGCCUCGUGACGUUAAUGUGCCACCUCUUCAACAUCUACGGUCUUGUUCAGCACCUCCAGCUGGACAUGGUCAAACUGCACAGGUUCCUCAGCAUGGUGCGGAGUCACUACCACCUCCAAAACCCUUAUCACAAUGCCGUGCACGCGGCCGACGUCACCCAGGCCAUGUACUGCUACCUGCAGGAGCCCAAGUUAGCAGAGCAGUUGAGCCCGGUGGACGUCUUCCUGGGCUUGAUGGCCGCCGCUGCCCACGACGUGGACCACCCGGGUGUCAACCAGCCGUUUCUCAUCAAGACCCAGCACCAUCUGGCGUCCCUCUACCAGAACACGUCGGUGCUGGAGAGUCACCACUGGAGGUCGACGGUGGGAAUGCUGCGAGAGUCACAACUGCUGUCACACCUCCCCGCUGACAUGUCGCAGGAAAUCGAACAGCGACUGGGCUCGCUCAUCCUGGCCACGGACAUCAGCAGGCAAGACGAGUUCCUGCUCAGCUUCAGGGCGCAUCAGGACAAGCAGGACUUGGAUCUGCGGGUGGCGUCGCACCGGCACUUCAUUCUGCAGAUCGGCCUCAAGUGCGCAGACGUCUGCAACCCGUGUCGCGUUUGGCCGCUCAGCAAGCAGUGGAGCGAGAGGGUGUGCGAGGAGUUCUUCAGGCAAGGCGACCUUGAGAGGAAGUUCAACUUGGAGAUCAGCCCACUGUGCGACCAGCAGGCCGACUCGGUCCCGGCCAUACAGAGCGGCUUCAUCUCGUACAUCGUGGAGCCCCUUUUCGCCGAGUGGCGCCGCUUCACCGACGCGAGCGCCCUGAGCCGCACCAUGAUGGCCCACCUGCGCCAGAACAAGGCCCACUGGACCCGCCUGCUGCACGACGCCCAAACGCGGCCCCCAGACUCCGAGGAGGACGUCCGGUAAUCGCGCCCUGCGUGCGUUGUGAGGUGGUAAUCGAUGAAAUUAUGCAUCUUAACAAUGUAGAAGCUGGUUUGAAACUGAAAUGAUUUCAGUGCUUCAGUUUAGGAAAUGAAAUUGGUUAGAAAUUGUUUUUAAAAUAACGGCUACUCCAAAUCCACUAUGUAAAGAAAUUCAAAUGUGCUGCUAUUGUUUAAUUCAAAAUUGUAACACCUGUUAUAAAGCAGCAAAGCGCGGUACGAGUACUCCAACUUGUGGUAUGCGAAAAAAUAAGUGUUGGCAAAAUGCCCGUGUUCUGUUUAAAAAAAAAAAAAUUAUUUAGGUACAUUUUUUUCAUUUCAUAUAUGUGCAAUAUGUGUAAUAGUUGAAGUAUUAUUUUGAGUAGAAAUUUGUUUUGGAUACUAAAGCACAGUGUUAACUUUCAAAGUGUACAUAACAUUACUGUGGCUGGGAAUUGUAUCAAAUGUACUUUUUAGGAGAAAAAAUUAUGCCUUUUUUUUUUUUUUAAUGAACACUUACACCUACUACGCUACUGUAUUUUAAUAUUCUCCAUCAGGUAUUACCUCGAGAGUUUAAAUGUUUAUUUUGGGUGGUGCUUGGUGUAAAAAAAAAAACAAAAAAAACUCAAGAAGUUGAAUAUUGCAAACUAAAAAAAUAGUGAUAAUGUGGUUGCAGAAGUGUGCAAACCCAUGUAUUACUAAAUUAGCCAAGAAGUAUCCUGAAAACUGUUUUCCUACAUGAAUACAGUACAGGUCCCCUAUUUAAAUUGAACUAAUGAGAUCAAAUAAUUUUUCUACAAUAAUUCUAAUUAAGACAAUCAUUUUCACUUUUUAUGCAAUUCAUACUGAAUGCUCAUUUAUAAUUGUUUAACUGCUCCUACAUUUCACUGAAUUUUCAUAAGGAGGAAGCUUAAACCUGCUUCUGACGAGAAAAAAAAAGUUUUGACUAUAUGAACUGUUUACAGCUGACGGCUACAUCAAAACACACGAAAAAAGUCGCCGUGUUUGUUGAACCAAAAAAAAGAAAAACAGGAUUUCCUACUUAGUAACACAUUUAAAUGGUGCAUUUAUUUCACAUAAACUCGUUCAACAAGGCCUUAAUAGCAAAUUGGAAACUUUUGUACUGCCUGCAUUCUGGAAACUUUUAUACUGCGUUCAUUAAAUUGCCACGUUCACAUGUUUUUCACGGGCUGCUCGACUGGAGAGAGCAGGCAAGGCCUUUAUUAUUUAGAAGGAGGCGGCACAUUUAUUUUUCAUUUUUUUCCCCCAAAAAAUCCACGACUAAAAAGUGUCAUAGUAUUGAUGAAAAUGAGUAUUGUGUUGUUACUACAAAAAAACAUUUCAUUUUUUUUUUCCUUCUGGCUCUUCAAAUCGUGUUUUUUUUUAAAUUCACUGUUUAAAAGUAAUAUGACACGAGAAUAUUUAGAAAUAUUGUGUAACUACAAUUUAAAAAAUGUUCUUAUUUGACUUGCUCAACUGCAGAAGGUAACAUGCAAGGCCUUGAUCAGGACUACGGCCUCAGAUGUAUUUUUGUAUUUUUAUCCCAAAUGUUCUACAGUUAAAAAGUAAAAGUAUCAUAUCUGUAUUUUGUCACUGUGCAAUAUUAUAUUGUUUAAGGAGUUAUUUGGAGGUGAGGCCUCAAAUGAAAAAUGUUCUCUCUGUUUUUGCACAAUUAAGAAUUUAUACAUAUUAAAAUGUUUACUCACCAGUGUUCAAUAAAAAAAACACGAAAUAUUUAUUUUAUAUUUUCUGUUUCUCAUUUUAGCAUGGUAUUUUUCCACUGUUAAAAAGAUGAUUGUGUCGUAAGAAAAUGAACAUUUUGGCAUUUGUUUUUUGUUUUCAUCCAGUAAUUUGUGACUCAACAAAAAUUGGAGUGAUUUUUUUUUUUUUUUUAAUGGACUAUACUUUUUUAACUAUAAUAACCACAAAUAUUUUCUUGCUAAGCCAUUAUGAAACCAUGAUUUAAGUUUUUUAUUAUAUAUUUAUAGUGUGUGUAUAUGAUCAAGGAAUCUUUGGACACUGAACAAUAAAAAAUGUGUUCAGUG